GUGCGUGUCUAGUGGAAAUAUCUAAAUCGUAAACCCACUCCUUCGAAUUCGUCUUGUUGUUGUGGCUGUCGUCGCUAGAGCUUUAACCGAAACGUUUUUUUCAUACAUAUAUUUUAUGGAAAUGCUACAAGCAAACUUUUGAAGCCAUGAAAACCUCUGACUUUGAUAACAAACGGCCCAUAUAAACUGCAAAGGGAAAUGAGCUCACAAGGAAGCAAAGUCAUUGUGGAACUGUGAAAGUGUAAUGAAAUAAAUUCGCCAGCACAAUAAUACCACUGACUACCGAGGAGUACAAAGGUCAUCCGUAGAAAAUGUGCAUAAAAAACUGCGAAAACAUCAAAUUCGGGAACAGUAACGAUGGAGACAACUGCAAAGGUGGAAAGAAUAACGUCAUCCAUACUUCCGGCGCGGGCUACGAGUAUUUUCAAUUGCAAUUGCAAUUGCAGUCGAAGUUAAACAAACAAAAUAAAAAGGGAUCGAAAUUUCCCAACUUUAAGAUUCUAAUGUGUUGUUGCUACUUCAUAAUCAUAGUCUUAAUGAUUUAAAUAGAGCUCGAGAGCUCAUAAACUAAUUUAAUAUAAAACGGCAAACUCAUCCAACAAUAUACAGAAUACAUAAAACUAAAGUUUUUCAAGCACAAUUAAAACUGGAGUUCAAAAACAAGUUCUUUCGAUUCUAUUGGUGUCUAUAAUAUAAUCCAUCAGUUAUACAUAUACAUAAGGUGGCAUAUGCUAACGUGUAUCCAAAAAUCGUAUUAAACGAAUAAAAAUUCCAAAAUCUUCCUGCGAAUAAAAGAAGCUAAAAAAUUAUAUAUUGUGUGUGCAAAGUGAAAUAUUUUACCCACCAUAAUCGAUAGUUUAACUGAAAUGCUUAAACGCCAAUCAAGCCGAUGCUAAUGAAAUGAAAACGUCGAAUUAGAAACCAAAUAUUUGAUGGCCACGCCGAAUGCAGCGAUUUGCAAAAGUAACACAGGCAUAAACCAGCACGAUUCCAUAUCAUUUUGCACACAACAUAACCGACAUUGCUACAAAACUGGGCGCCGCAAAAUGCUGCGCUUCCUCAAGAACCGUUAGAGCCCCGGCUCUGGUAUCGUACCGCCCAUCUAUGUAUCUAUAUAGUAUAUGUACAUAUGUGUAUGCUUAGCUAUAUCUUCGCCUCAAGGGCUGCAAUUUAAAAAUUGUGUGUAUUCUAUGUACAUUAAUAUUAAGUCCGUUUACGCAUAAUAUGUUAUUCACAUGUUCCUUGCAGUAAAUCCGUCUCUUUAUCUAAACCUAGAUAAGUCCAAAAUAUAUUCGAUAAUGCAAAAGACAACGAGAUAGACAGAAAACAAACCAGAAAACUGAAAUCAAGUGUAAAAUGUAGCAGCGCUAAUAUGGAAACCUGAUUUAUCUGACAAAUGUGUGCUUGUAACUGUUGUGCAUGUUAGGUAAUAAAAUAGUAAAUAUAACAAAUAAAUAUUGUAUCUAUUGGAAAUAGAGUUCCCUUCCAAAGCUUCGAUAAAAUACCAAUUUGAAAUACGUUUAUACGGAUGUGUGUGUCUAGGAAUUAGGUGCUUUUUGAUAUCCCCCCAGUGGCUAGCUAGGCAAAGGAAAUAUGCAUUGCAACAAUUUUAUAAAUAAGACGGCAGCUUAAGCAGAAUGUACGUAGAUUUGAGGCAGAUCUCACUUAUCAGAAGGAGGAAAACAAAGCUCAGCUCCAACUAAAACAUGUCGAUGGAUACACACAGACAAUACGCCCAAAUGUAUGCAAUUUGAUUGUGGAGAUAGAAUAUUUUUUAAUAAAUGUUUAUAAGCAGAGAUUGAAAUAUUUGUGAAACAUAUUUUAAUAGACACCGAAAAA